AGGGGAGCCGGCGGCCGGCCGCGGAGAGGCGGUGAGUCACCUGACCGCUGCCCGCCCGGAUCGCUGGCUGCCGUCAGUCGGGCCGCGCCGCGCCUCGGCUCUGGGUUGAUGACAGUCAGAAGCAUGCGUGCACGGGGCUUCCUGGCACCGCGUGUGGCGCAAGAUGUCUCUGAGCGAGAGCGCGGCCUUCGCCUAUGAGUCCUCGGCGCACAGCGCCAACGUCCUGCUCAGCCUCGAUGACCAGCGGAGGAAGGACGUGCUCUGCGACGUCACCGUGCUCGUGGAGGGGCGGCCGUUCCGCGCCCACCGCUCCGUGCUGGCGGCCUGCAGCAGCUACUUCCACGCGAGGGUCGUGGGCCAGGCUGACGCCGCGCUCAGCAUUUCCCUGCCGGCAGAGGUGACAGUUAAAGGAUUUGAACCUUUAAUUCAGUUUGCCUACACUGCUAAGCUCUUUCUAAGUAAGGACAAUGUGGAUGAAGUGUGCAAGUGUGUGGACUUUCUAGGUAUUCACGAUAUCGAGGAAUCCUGCUUCCAGUUUCUCAAACUGAAGUCUUUGGACUCCACUGCAGACCAGCAAGAAUGCGCAGGGAAAAAGUGCUUCCCACCACACUGUCAGAAAACAGACCUUAACUUUUCACUUCUGGACCAGAGGGACUUAGAAAUUGAGGAGGCGGAAGAAUUUUGGGGGUAUAAAGAUGUUCCAACUCCUGCUCAGUGUAAGCUCCGUGGGUAUCAAGGAGACACAAAAAUAUCGCCUCCUGUCCAAGACAGUGCCAGUCAGACGUGCGAGGCCAUGUGCCUAGAAAAAGGCGCUGCUCUGGCUUUGCCAUCUCUGUGCCCCAAAUACAGAAAAUUCCAAAAAGCGUUUGGAACUGACAGAGUCCGUACUGUGGAAACUGGGUUCAAAGACGUUCACACUUCUGUUCAGCCAAGCGAGGCAUCUGAACACGAAUGUCCGGGAGGGAUCCAGGACUGCACGGCUUUGCCGGUGAUUUUAAAAUGUGAAGAAAGUAACACAGCGAUGGAACAUACAGACACCAAGAGAGAGACGGCUUCUCAGUGCCCCUCAGAAACACCGGGGGUGACUCCCCUCCCCCACAGCUCUUCCACUGACCCUCCAGGGCUCUAUUCUCUGUCCCUCUUACACACCUACGACCAGUAUGGUGACUUGAAUUUUGCUGGAAUGCAGAACACAGCAGUGUUAACAGAAAAGCCUUUGUCAGGCCCAGACGUUGGAGAAGAGAAAACGUUUGGGGAAAGCCAAGAUUCACACCUGCGGUCGGACCCCAGCCCCAGGGCAGGGAGCAGCCUGGCGCGGAGCAGCGUGGAGCGGGAGGUGGCCGAGCACCUGGCCAAGGGCUUCUGGAGCGACGUUUGCAGCGUGGCCUCUCCGCGCCCGAUGCAGCUCUCGCCUGCCCCUGUCGUGGCCAAAGAUGGGCCAGAACAGGGCCAGCCCCAGAAGCGGUCUGAGUGUCCCUGGUUGGGGAUCAGGAUCAGCGAGAGCCCGGAGCCGGGCCAGAGGACCUUUGCAACGCUGAGCCCUGUCAGCUGCCCUUUCAUGAGCACGCUGAGCUCCGAAGGCCGGUCGAGCAGCGCGGACGGUGGAGCCGAGGACUACGCCUCGGAGCCCCAGCAGGAGCCGUGCCCCUACGCUUGUGUCAUCACCCUGGGAGACGACUCGGAGACGGACACCGAAGGCGACAGCGAGCCCUGCUCCGCCAGAGAGCAGGACUGCGAGGUAAAACUGCCAUUUAACGCACAACGGAUAAUUUCCCUGUCUCGAAAUGACUUCCAGUCCUUGUUGAAAAUGCACAAGCUGACGCCGGAGCAGCUGGACUGCAUCCACGACAUUCGCAGGAGAAGCAAGAACAGGAUCGCGGCGCAGCGCUGCCGCAAGAGGAAGCUGGACUGCAUCCAGAACCUGGAGUCGGAGAUCGAGAAGCUGCAGAGCGAGAAGGAGAGCCUCCUGGCGGAGAGGGACCGCAUCCGGUCGACGCUGGGCGAGACGAGGCGGAACCUGACGGGCCUCUGCCAGCAGGUCUGCAAGGAGGCGGCGCUGAGCCAGGAGCAGAUACAGAUCCUCGCCAAGUACUCGGCCUCGGAUUGCCCGCUCUCCUUCUUGGUUUCUGGGAAAGAGAAAGGCCCGUCCGAUGGUGCGCUCGUGUUCCCACCGAGCCUGGGUUUGCCCGAGGGUCCGGCUGUGCUGCCCGCCGGGGAGGGGAGCGCCUGCGGCCCCAGCGGGAAGGGCGGCGGGUCAGGCUGUGCCCAGGGCCCGGAGGCCGGGCCGCCUCCCGGGGUGGCCCCCGAGCCCUCUGGGCUGGGGGGACAGUGUCGGCCAGGGGCAGGCCUCUCAGAUGUCUGUCAGCAGGUGGCAGACAGAUGCACUGCCGACCAGUGAGCUCGCUCACACUCGCGGCCUUCGCACCAUCGAGUCCCCUCCUGAGUUCUCAUGUUUGUCUUGAAGCCUGAUACAGGCGCCUGUCAGCAGCGUUUCCUCCCUGGAGCGCGCGGGCCAGGGGACCCCCCGGGCCCUCAGCCCUGGCUGGCUCUCGGCCAUCAGUGCCGCAGGAGGCGCCUGCGCCCGGGAUCCUGAAACACCCCACGUGGACGCGUAGUGGUGACUAUUAGUGAGUGACAACUCUCCGCCUUAUUCAGAACAAAUAUGCGAAUGAAGGCUGUCCGUCAAACAGCAGCGCGACGCCUGGCCUCCGCAGCGCAUCGACCCCAGAGCGGCCGGGCCCCCCGCAGACGCCGAGAGGCCUGCCCCGAAGGAGGCGUCCGCCCGUGGGACGCUCGUGGGGAGCUGCCUGCCCGAGGCCCGGAGCUUUGCCCUUCGGCUUCACUUCCGUCCAGAGAGUGGGCGGCCUGCGUGCGCCCCUGAGCUGCCCUGGGACCGCGGGAGACGGGGGCGGGCGGGUGGCCUGCGCAGAGGCCGCUGCUCCUCGUCGGUGGCGACGGUAGAGGCUCCGGGUCACUGUCGUCCUCCUGCUUUCUCUCUUCAGUCUCUCCCACAUCUGGGCCCGUCAGGGUCUUUGUGUCUGGACACCCUGUCCCUUUGCAGGAGGAAACAGGCCCCGGGUUCGGGGCCUGGGUGCUGGCAGGGCUGCUGUGGCCCCCUCCCCGGCGCAGCCGCCGCGCCUGAGCGCCAGGCAUCAGGGCAGCCCGCCUGUGCUGCCAGCAGGGCUGUCCCGUGUCCCCCGUGCGUGAAGUCCUGUGACUCGCUUGUGGGAAGCGCCAUCGGUAAAACGCCCCGGGACAGCCGUGCAGUGUGGGCGGUGACCCUCAGCCUUGCUUCGUCCUGGGCUCGGUUUGGGAGCCCGCGGGGACCUCGCUCUCUUCCCCGGUCUGGUGCCUCCAGGCGCACAGAGUGUUUCGACCGGGCAUGCGAUGGUCAUCCUUUGUGUGACCCAGUCCUGCUCUAAAGUCCCGCUCCCAUCAUCUGGGUGCCCGCCCCCCCCGCAACACCUUUUGCUGUGGCGCAGGCAGCCUGGCGCCACAGACUCGUCUGAGAGUCGGAUGAAAGCCUAGACUGUCGGCUUCCUACGAUUAAAAAAAUUGCACACGGCCUCGUGCACAGAAGCGUUCGCAGAGCCCGUUUUAAGGGCACAAGGGGGUGACGGACGGUGCCUCGGUCAGAGGCCCUCCCCGGCAGCGGCGGGCCCGGCGCAGCGCCAGGUCCCCUGGGGGGACCGCCCUGCGUGAGUCGCGUCCUUCGCCCGGUGUCGCCCCUGGGGUCGGGGUGGGGGUGGGG